AUGGCUCUCCCAAAUGGACCGCCGAUAUAUCCAGAUCUCAAAGGCAAGAUUGUCCUGAUCACAGGUAUUGGGCAACAGGGGGACCCGGAGAUGUGGGGCAACGGAGCAGCAACAGCUCGAGUCUUCGGCCAAAACGGUUGCAAGAUCUUCGGUUGUGACUUGAGCAUCAAAAGUGCCCAGCACACUCAGCAGAAGCUCCAGUCCGAAGGGACCGAGAUGGAGGUCAUGACAGCAGAUGUGACUAAGACGGAUCAGUGCAAGCAAUUGGUCGACGCUUGUAUGAAGAGAUACGGACGUAUUGAUAUUUUAGUCAACAAUGUAGGCAUGUCGCAAGCCGGCGGCCCGGCUGAUAUGCCGGAGGAGGUCUGGGACGCUCAGAUGGAUGUGAAUUUGAAGAGCGUAAGUGGUUCCGCGAAGAGGACCUCUCAGAGACCUUUGCUUGGCGAUCGAAAGCAACUCGAGACGUAUGCUAAGGUUCGCUGA